AUGGCAGAAACAACUGAAGCAUUGGUCGGAAAGAAGAGACAACACGACGAAGAGGAGGAAACUUCUACCGAGACUGUUACUGCAGAAACAGUAGAACAACCAGAAAAGGAACAACAAGAGGAAAAAGAAGAAAAACAAAUCAAGAAGAAAAAGGUAGAAGAAGAAGAAGAACCAAAAGAAGAAAAGAAAGCUGAAGAGCCAAAGGAAGAAAAGAAGGUUGAUGAUGUAGAAAAGAAGGUAGAUGGUGAUGAAAAGAAAGGAGAUGAAGAAAAGAAAGCAGAUGAAGCUCCAAAACUAUCGAUUUUCAGUAAUACAUCCAAUCCAUGGAGUUUCUCUUCAUUUGCAUCAACCUCUACAACUGAUGGAUCCACCAAACCAUUCUCUAGCACAUUUGGAUCAUUUGCUACAACAUCAACAUAUUCAUUUAAUCUAUCAAAUACAUCAUCAUUUUUAAAACCAUCCAAUGGAGAAAGCAAUAGUGAAAACAAGAGCGAAAAUACCUCUGCCGAAAAUACUACAGGAUCAGCAGGAGGCGAGGAAGGAGCAACUGGCGAUUUCUGGACUUCAUCUACCUAUGUUCCAAUUCUUCAAAACCUUCAGCAGGUAGAAACCAAAACUGGAGAAGAAGGAGAAACUACUAUAUACUCUGCCAAGGCUAAAUUAUACGUUAUGGAAGACACUUAUAAAGAAAGAGGUGUUGGCACAUUAAAAUUAAAUAAGGAUUCACAAGGAAAUUCAAGAUUGAUAUUUAUUAUUGAUGGAAGUAAGAGAAGUGGUUUGAAUGUAUCUAUUUUUGUAAAGAUGACAAUCGAAACGCCAACUGAAAAAUCACUAAGAUUUACAGCAUUUGAAGAUAACAAGUUUACAACCUUUUUGGCCAACUUAAAGAAACCAGAAGAGGUUGAACAAUUUGAAAAGAAUAUCAAGAAAAGAAUCGACUAUUUAAAGGAACAAAAUGGAAAAGAAACAACAACAACAACAAAGACAGCUGAAGAAGAAAAGAAAUAA